ACUCACUCCAGCCUGGGCAACAAAGUGAGAUCCUGUCUCAAAAAACAAACAAACAAAAACCCUGCUUUUCUAUGCCAUGUUGUUUUUUGCUUCUCUCUUUCUCCAUCUUUCUCUUCCCCAUUCUAUUUCUUUUCUUUCUUUUUUUUUCAGCAAGCGUUUCUGCAGGCUAUGUAUCUCUAGAUUCAAAUGUAUCAUUUAUAAAAUGGGCUUCAUCAUACCUCUUCCGUGGGCUACCAUGUGUGUGAAGGAGGGAGCGUGCCCAGUGUCUUGCACGCAGUGGCUGGACAAUGGAUAUUACUUUUCCUUCUUUGUUUUUAUUGCCCCAUCUAUAUCAGUCCUACACGUCCCUCCGCUGCUGGGGUCUCCUGGGUGCCAGUCAGCUGUGAGGUCAGCUGAACAGGACCUUGGGCAGGGAGGGUCUGGAUGCCCCAAUGUGUUCUUUCUGUCAGGGGACACGAUUCUGCAGGGGCUGCAUGUAAAAUGAGUCCGACUUAAAACUUCUUCCUGUGUGCCUUAAGCUUUGUAGACAAAGAUGCUAUGGAAAUAGAGGUCAUUUGGGAUGUUAUUAGUUGGCGGCAGCUUUAAACAUACCACCCUGAGUUGAGAAUAAUGCAGGUGUCCCCAAAUGUGGCUGGCAACCCCUCAGUCACAUAUUAAAGUCUGCAACAGAUCAAGAAAAAAGGCAGACGAGAGGACCCUGCAGCCUCUUCCGCUCUCUUGUUAGGUUACUCCAGCUGCUGACCUCUCUCUUUCAGGAGCACUUUCUUUUUGUUGGGGCUAAUUCCUGAAGCAAUCCUCCCACAGCUCAUUUCCCCAGGCUAUAAGCAGAGGCUGACCAAGGGGCCCUGUGGCCAGAAGUUAUUGCCACAAGCAGGAAGUGGUUAAUGCCUUCCAUUUACUUUUAGUUGGAAGAGGAAAGGCUGAAUCUUCCUUACAAUAGGGGCAGGAAAUCAACGUGACUAUACCAGUUAUUAUACCUUCGGGAGGGAAAGCAGAGCUCUUUCAGGGCACCAAGGAUGACAUCUUGAAGCUACUCUGCCACCAACAGAACAAGGACGAGGGGAAUUUAUUACACAUGGCUUGAGUGAGAGUGAAUGGGAGAUCUCUGCUGGCUGGUGAAGCCAGUCGCAACACGGGCGUGUGUGCAGUCAUUGUAGAUGAAGGCAGGAAACUGCCAUUCUGUGGUCAUUUCAGUGCAGGCAUCUGGUGCCAUUUUGUAAGUCAAAUGCUACUUUAAAGAUGAACAGGAGAGUAGACAGGAGACAUACAAGGAUAUAGAACAGUUUGAAUAAUCUGAUCGAUUUCCUUUCAUCCCUUGUAGAGUUUACGAAUGUCUUUUCUCAUAUCUGGAAAACUCCAGCAGGUAUAUGGCAACAAGAAACCCUUAACAAGUUUCAAAAGUAGAGUUUCUAAAGACCACAGUCUUGAUUAUAAUCUAUUAAAAACUGGAAGUAAAUAAUAUGAAGCUGAACUCACCCCCCCAUUGCCAUCUUGACUGUUUAAAAAUUAAACACACACUCCUGUAUAAUUAACGGAUCAAAGAGGGAAUCAGAGGGAAAUGAUAAACUGUCUAGAAAGAAAAGAAAAGGAGAACACUUCACACUAAACCUUGUACCAUAGCAAAGGAGGUGCCCAGAGGAUAACAUGUAGCCUUAAAUGUCUUCAUUGUUAAUGAAGAUGAAAAAUAAAGAUGACAAUAAAGUAACUAUUUUGAAAAGUUUGAAAAAAGUACAAGUUAAACCAAAAGGAAGUAGAACGGAAAUAUAACAAAUAGCUAAAUGUAAUGAAAUAGAAAAUAAAUGGAAAACAUUAAGGACAUAUACACAUUUAAAUGCCUGUUCUUGGGAAGGACUGAAAAUAGAAAUUUAACCGUAUGUAUAAUCAGGGAGAAAUGUCAGAACAAAUAUCAGCAUUUUCACUCAAGGGAAGCGGCCAUUAAAAUUAUUCUAAAAACAUUUGCAAGAAGGUUGAGCAAAAUGCUUAUGUCAAGGAAAAAAACCAAUAAAAAUGUGUAUUAUAGUAUGAUUAUAAUUAUGUGAAUACAAUCUCCCGUCCCUUCCCACCCGCAAGUUGUGCAAAUAUUUAAGUCUAAAACAAUACAUCAAAAUACAUGAGUGGGAAUGAAGUACUGAUUCAUGCUAAACAGAUGAAUCUUGGAGACGUUGUGCUAACGUUAGAUAGAAGCCAGUCACAAAAGACCUCGUACUGAAUGAUUGCAUUUAUACAAAGUGUCCAGAAUGAGCAAAUCUAUAGAGACAGAAAAUAAAUUAAUCAUUGCCUCCAGCUGGAGAGGUUGGAGGGUUUCAGAGUGACGGGUCUGGGGUUUCCUUUUGGGGUGAUGAAAGCGUUCAGAAAUUGAUCGUAUGAUAGUUGCAAAACACUGUGAAUAGACGAAAAACCAUUGAGUUGUCUAAGUGGUAAGGUAUGUGAAUUGUAUCUCAAGCUGCUGCAGAAAAAAAUCACAGUGAUUCUCUGUGAUUUUUGCGGGGAUAGAAAAUAAAUCUCUUGGGGGAUGGAAAUGUCAGUGAUUUUCCUCGUUUUCCCACUCCUCUGUGAUUUCCGCAUUUUCCAGGUUUAAUUCUGUAUUACUUGAAUCAUGGACACAUUUAGUAGAUUAAAAAACAUUUUAAAGGAAGAAUGAGAAUAAUCAGCCUUUUACCAGCAAAGACAAUGAUGGGAGACCUGCUAGCCUAUCUUUCGGGAAGGGUGGGGGAGGCUGGCUCCUCUAAUCCUCAAAUCUGGGAAUGGUUGUGGUGGAUUGCUCAGUUGCCAUCACUUACAGGAGUGUCAGAGGGCCCAUUCGUCUGCAGGUCAUGGAAAAUGAAACGUCAUUCGUCUGGGAACUCUCGGGGCAGGACCACAUCUCUGGGAAAAGUGAGAGUCCUGUGAAAUCUGGGGAUGGCAAAGAGGCACCUCUAGUGAAAUAUUCUAAGAGGUGUCAGGCUCUGCUGAGUGCUAAAUUAGAGAAAGCUGUUACUUAUAUAACUUCCUGUAAUUGCCUGGCAGUAGCUGCAGCUGAGGACAGCCGCUCUCUCUCGGUCUCUGCUGAGCGGAGGCUACAUGGCCCUUCCUCCUUGCAGUUGUUUCACCUUCUACCUUGCGCGGAGUCAGACUUUUGCACCGAAUCUGAGAUGCCAUUUUAAACAGAAGACUCCAUUCUCUUGAAGAUGGGAAACUCUUACGCUGGACAGCUGAAGACGACGCGCUUUGAAGAGGUCUUGCACAAUUCCAUCGAGGCAUCCCUGCGGUCCAACAGCCUGGUGCCCAGGCCCAUCUUUUCCCAGCUGUACCUGGAAGCUGAGCAGCAGCUUGCCGCUCUAGAAGGUGGUAGCCGAGUGGACAAUGAGGAAGAGGAAGAAGAGGGAGAAGGAGGGCUGGAAACAAACAGCCCCCCAAACCCUUUCCAGCUGCACCCUCCGCCUGAAGGAUGCUGCACCACAGAUGGGUUCUGCCAGGCCGGGAAGGACCUGCGCCUCGUCUCCAUUUCCAACGAGCCCAUUGACGUCCCUGCGGGCUUUCUCCUCGUCGGGGCCAAGUCUCCCAGCCUACCGGACCAUCUCCUGGUGUGUGCCGUUGACAAGAGGUUCUUGCCGGAUGACAAUGGCCACAAUGCUCUUCUUGGUUUCUCUGGGAAUUGUGUUGGCUGUGGAAAGAAGGGCUUCUGUUACUUCACGGAAUUCUCCAACCAUAUAAAUCUGAAACUGACCACUCAACCCAAGAAGCAGAAACACUUGAAGUAUUACCUGGUCCGUAAUGCACAAGGGACUCUCACCAAAGGACCUUUAAUCUGUUGGAAAGGCUCAGAGUUUAGAAGCCGGCAGAUCCCCACCAGUACUUGUUCUGGUUCCUUCUUCCCGGCCCUGGAGAGCACGGCUGCCUUCCCCAGCGAGCCCAUUCCCGGGACGAACCCCAGCAUCCUGAUGGGAGCUCAGCAGGCAGGACCAGCUUCUGAUCACUCCUCACUAAGCGCAACAGUGGGUCCGGCUGUUUUCAACGGCAAAGAUUCCCCAAAGUGCCAACAGCUGGCAAAGAAUAACCUGUUGGCCUUGCCGCGACCAUCGGCUUUAGGUAUCUUGUCAAACUCCGGGCCCCCCAAAAAACGCCACAAAGGAUGGUCUCCAGAAUCUCCAUCAGCUCCAGACGGUGGCUACCCCCAAGGUGGUGGGAACAGAGCUAAGUAUGAGAGCACAGGCGUGUCCUGCGUGCCCCAAGUUGGCUUGGUGGGACCAGCUUCAGUCACCUUCCCAGUGGUGGCCUCUGGAGAACCAGUGUCUGUUCCUGACAACUUGCUGAAAAUAUGCAAGGCCAAGCCAGUGAUAUUUAAAGUAUUUGUAAGCGGUGCUACCCAAAUGGUGGCCCCCGGUCCAGCAGAACCUGCAUCGCCCCAGAGCUUAUGAGAGGCGCGAAUUCACGGACCCAUCCUGGAAUCAGAAUCAGGCCCCAGUUCUGCAUCAGAAGCUCUGGGUGGGCCAGCAGGUGUUUGGCAAGCCCUUGAGAAGCAAUGUCUUUGAGAACACGACCUGUGCCCCAGGCACCAGCUUUACUCCCCAAGCCUGGCAGGACGUCUGCAUAUAGCACACAGCCGAAGUCAGAAAAUAUAUUUUUGGUGACUGAAUGGAGUACCUGGAGUGCAAGACACCACACACA